AUGCCCACUGCAUUAGAGAACGAUACCAACUACGCUGGUCCGUACAUCUAUGCAGCGUGGGCUUUGACAGGAGUUGCAGGACUAGCGUUGGCCUUUCGGUAUACAACCAAGACAUGGAUUCGAUGGAUGCUGCCUCGUGUUAGUUCCCCCGAAAGAGUAUGGGGUUUGGAGGACAUUCUAUACGGCAGUGCAUAUGCGUUUGAUAUCGCCCACAUGGUCUUUAUCCAGCGCAGCUUUAAAAAUGGUCUCGGGAGGCACAUGUGGUUCCUGUCGGAUGCGGAAAGAAAAUUAGCAUUGAAGAACGAGUUCAUCUCCCAGCCUCUAGCUGUCACUGCCUCCAUGCUGAGUCGCUCCGGCAUGAUGUGUUUUCUUUACACGUGCUUUAGCAGCGUUGAUAAGCAGAUCCGCCUAUCCAUCAUCGUAUGCAUGGCAAUACAGGUCGUGGUGAACUCGGUGACUGCCGUUCAGAUUAUCGUGCAGUGCGGCCCCAAUCCCUACCAUGCGGUCAAUCGAGUCAGCUAUUUCCACUACAUGUGGGAUAACCCACCAGCCGAUGGCUCCGUGAUCUGCCAAUCACCGGCAGUACAAACAACGAUAGGAUUCGUACAGGGUGGUAUAACACCAGCUGCCGUCUCCACUAUACAUCGUACUGAUGGAUGGCCAGGUUUCAACACGACGAUCGAUUUCUUUUUGACGGCACUUUCAGCGGUCCAACUGUGGCGUUAUACAAUAAGGGCAACGGACUCGGCUCAAGCACAGCACAAGCCGGUAUUCAGUCGCAUUCGGCGAAUGCCACGACAGGCGCUCUUUCGUCGGAUCUGGCAGACUAUUAGCCUCAGCGGGCCGUUGCUGCUAUCGGGAAUUGCUUCUAUUGUCAAAACAUAUUUGCUCAAGACCCUUGGAGAGCGGAACGAUAUCACACAUAACACUGUCCCUUUUAUUCUAUGGGUCAAGAUAGAGAACUACAGCAUCCUCCUCGCCACGUUCGCGCCGAUGAUCCGUCUCUUCGUGUCAAUGGCGUCAACAGACAAAGGACAAAGUGGUGGCUACUGGUCCAACAGUCGGUCCAAGAAUAGCCACCCGGGCCUGGAACUGGAUUCACAACCGCAUACGCAAAAAAGGGGAGCGGUGGUCAUGUCCGUCUCUGCAGCGGAGGAGGCAGUCCAACAUACGGAUGAUGAGUGGAAAAGAGCCAGCAGUAGAGCAUACCAUAGACAUCGCAGCAGUGACCUGCAGGAUGGCUCUAAUGGGGUGACUGUUCGAACGGAGAUUGUGGUCCAAGUGUCUUCGGAUAAGGCUUCGACAGAGAGACUGGUCCUUUGA